AUUCAUUACGCGCGCAUGCCAUUCCGUGGCUGCUGUGCGCUCUGGUAUAUCGUAAAGCCUCCUGGAUCGUGAGUUUGCCUCUCUUUCUGCCUCCGCGUAUUAGUGUCGUUGAUCUGCAAUGUCUAAACAACCGCAACCAACUUAUGUGUAACCGACCCCACGAGCGCUCCACUACUGUUGAGCUUCAGGACGGAGCUCCACCGGAGUACACCAUACACCACAGCACCGUACGCCGUAGAGAUCCCGCGAGGCGUGGCUGUGCGCAGGAAGCAUCAUGUCGCUCAAGCAAGAGAUAGAGACAUGGGUGUCUGCGCUGGCAGCGUACGACAACAACGAGUUCGACAAUGCCAUCAAGUGCUUCGAGCAGAUCUCGGACACCUCUAAGAUCCUCUUCAAUUGUGGCGUCAUCCACGCUACCUUGGGAGAGCAUGCAAGAGCCGUGGAGUGUUACCAGCGCGCGGUACAGCUCGACCAGUACCUCGCGAUUGCCUACUUCCAGCAAGGAGUGAGCAACUUCCUCAUGGGCGACUUCGAGGAAGCGCUUGCCAACUUCAACGACACCCUACUGUACCUCCGCGGCAACAACAACAUCGACUACGAGCAACUCGGCUUGAAGUUCAAGCUAUACUCAUGCGAAGUGCUGUUCAACCGCGGGCUAUGCUACAUCUAUCUACAACAGAAAGAAGCUGGAAUGCAGGACCUCAUAUUCGCGACUCGGGAGAAGACAGUACCAGAUCACGAUGUGAUAGAUGAGGCAAUACGCGAGCAGGCUGAAGGAUACACUGUGUUCUCCAUUCCAGUGGGCAUAGUGUACCGACCAAACGAGGCGAAGGUGAAGAACUUGAAGGCGAAGGACUACCUCGGCAGAGCAAGACUGGUGGCAGCGCAAGAAUAUCAGAACUCUGACCCUCGACGGGCUGCAGCAUUGGCAGCCGCGGGUGUGGACGACAGGCCAACUGACAAGCUGUCUUAUGCUGCACUCAAUCUUGUCAGACCGGAUCUUCGAAGUCGCGGACAUAGACAGCAGUCCGAGCCUCCGCUCCGCAGAGAUGUGUUCCCACCUACACCGCCACCAGAGAUCGAGCGACCGGACUCCGCACAUGGAAGCCACCAUCGACGGAAGUCCACUGAAAGUACCAGCUCCGAGCGAUCAAAUCUACAGGCCGCACGACCUGCAGCCAAGGCACUGCGUCUCGAGCUAGGCGUGGCAGCCUUCGAGCAGCAGAAGUCACCCGACAAGCAACGCUCCGCGCCCAGGCGGGCAGAGUCAGAACGUCCUCCUAUGCGACGAGAGUACUCCGGCGCAUCGAAUCGAAGCAGCGACAGCAGACGGCGAGAAUACGAACAGCGAUCAAGUCAUCGAGACAUCCCGGAAGUGCGGAUAGAGGAAGACCCGAUUGCAGCUUACAGCGAGCAAGUCAUGCAGCAACAAGCGUCCUCACAUCAGCGCACAAGAUCCAGUGUCCAACGAAAUCAACCAGUACCCAUUGCGGAGGUAGAAGAAGAUGACCAAUACUCCCAAGCGGAAUCUCCAUUGGCAUUUGAAAUCAUCCCGCCAAGGUCGAUGCAUCAGCGACAUAAAUCCCAGUCUCAGCGGGCGCCGGAGCUGAGAAAGAUACGCAUCAAAGUACAUGCGGAGGACAUGAGAUAUGUGAUGACCACCCCGACUGUCACGUUUACGGAGCUUUCGGGUCAAAUACAGAAGAAGUUUGGAUUCCAAGCCACGUUCAAGCUGAAGAUGAAGGACGAAGAAGGCGACCUUGUCACCAUGGCAGACGACGAUGAUCUAGAAAUGGCGAUUACUAUAUGCCGAGCCGCGGCUGCCAAGGACAAAGUCGACAUGGGCAAGAUGGAGCUCUUCGUGCAAGAGACGAUAUGAUGGAAAACGAUGUACCCGGCAGAGUCUACUAAUGCUCAGAGAUUCUCUUGUUUCCUUUUCUACCGAUCAGCAUCGAUGGCAUCUACGAUGUACUAUACCGUUUAGCAUUUUACGACAGCAUUUGAUUGAAGCAUCAUGAUCUUCCUCGAUUGUUUGCGAUGUCCACCUCAGCUAUGUGUUUCAUCUCAUGCCCGUCGACGUAGGAGGAAGAGGGUCGAAACUUGACAGAGUGGACAUCCCUAUAUUUUCCUGGCAUGAACCUGGCAUGACAUGUCGUUCGGACGACGCGACAUACCGCCAACAUCGCCAAGGGUCGAGGCUCAGUAUGAUGACAUAGAAAACAGGUGAUGGAUAUAUCCCACAAUGCGUGCGCAGUUUCCUUGGCGGCCAAGCGUUACUUCCAAGGCAGGCGGCCGCGCAAGAGAUUCGACAACACCUUUACCUGGCAGCGACGGAUCAGGAAUCGAUCUUGACGUGGUAUGGUUGCGUUGUGCGAUCGAUGUCCUGUGCUCGCCAUGAGGGCUUCACCAGUCUGGCUGUCAUCGAUACGGCAAGAAGUGGCCGCAGGGU